GAUUAGGGAGAUUCGGAAACAUCUUGCAAGCUUCAUACCUCUGCUAACUAAAGUUUAGUACUAAUAUAAAUAUGAGCAAGGUCAUUUACGCAGGAUUAUAAGUGGGGUUUUAGACAAAACUUCUAGCUAUCUAAUUCUUGUCUCAACUAACACAACUUUCUGAGCAACAGACCAUGCAAAACCUUUAAAAAAACCAACUCUGCAUAUAAAUAUUUACCUGUUGCUGAAUCUAGCCAGCCUAUAUAAAGUCACUGCAUCAACUUACUAAACACAUGCCAUUGUUUCCUUCUUCAAUUAAUCCUCUGGUGCAGAAGAUUUAAUAUAUUACAGUUCGUACGUUAAUAUAGAACUAACCUCAGUUUCAUCGCGUAAACAUGUGGUCUGCUGCAUUAGCCAUUACAGCUUUGGUAGUUAUAAGUAUUAUGCACUGGAUUUACAGAUGGAGGAAUCCUAGAUGCAAUGGAGUGCUACCCCCUGGUUCCAUGGGCUUGCCACUACUAGGAGAAACACUUCAGUUUUUCGCCCCUAGCUCAUCAUCCGACGUUCAUCCCUUCAUUAAAGAAAGACUUGGAAGGCAUGGACCAAUUUUUCGGACUAGUUUAGUGGGACGACCACUUAUAGUAACAGCAGAUCCAGACUUUAGUCACUAUGUUUUGCAAAAAGAGGGGGAAUUGUUUCAGAGUUGGUAUCCUGAUACCUUCACUGAGAUUUUUGGAAAGCAGAAUGUAGGUUCAUUGCACGGGUUCAUGUACAAAUACCUUAAGGGCAUGGUACUGAGCCUGUUUGGUCCUGAAAGCCUAAAAAAUAUGCUUCCUGAAGUCGAACAGGCAGCAAGAAGACACCUGAAGAUUUGGUCAGAACAGGACAGUGUAGAAGUGAAGGAUAGUACUGCAACAAUGAUAUUUGAUCUUACUGCUAAAAAAUUGAUCAGUCAUGAUCCAGAGAAAUCAUCAGAGAAUUUAAGGGAGAAUUUUGUAGCUUUUAUAAAGGGGUUAAUCUCCUUCCCGAUCAACAUACCUGGAACAGCUUAUCACAAGUGUUUACAGGGACGAAAGAAGGCGAUGAAGAUGUUGAAGCAUAUGCUAGAAGAGAGACGGGUGACUCCUAAUAGGCUUCAAAGAGAUUUCUUUGAUUACGUACUUGAAGAACUACAGAAAAAGGAUACAGUCCUUACGGAAGCAAUUGCUUUGGAUUUGAUGUUUGUGCUACUGUUUGCCAGCUUUGAGACAACCUCCCUCGCCAUAACUUACGCGAUCAACAUUCUAGUGGAUCAUCCACACGUUCUGAAAGAAUUAACAGAUGAACAUGAUGCAAUCCUAAGCAAAAGGCAAAACCUGGAUGACGGACUCACAUGGAAAGAAUUCAAAUCAAUGAAAUUUACAAUGCAGUUCAUCAAUGAAACGGCUAGACUGGCAAAUAUAGUUCCAGGUGUAUUCAGAAAAGCGCUCAAGGAUAUCAACUUUAAAGGACAUACAAUUCCAGCUGGUUGGGCAGUUAUGGUCUGUCCUCCUGCGGUGCACCUGAACCCUUCCGCUUACAAAGAUCCUCUUGUAUUCAAUCCACGGAGAUGGGAGGAAAUGGAACGAAAAGGUGCAUCAAAAAAUUUCAUGGCAUUCGGAGGUGGAAUGAGAUUUUGCGUUGGAACAGAUUUCACCAAAGUGCAGAUGGCUGUUUUCCUCCACUGUCUGGUCACGAAGUACAGGUUCCUGCUUGUCAAAGGAGGAGACAUUAUCCGUACUCCUGGUUUACAAUUUCCCAAUGGCGUCCAUAUUAAGAUAUCUGGAAAAUGAUUGAAAGCCGGAACUACUACAAUUUAUCAUCAAGCCUCCUAGAGAUGAAUGAGAAAACAUAUCCUUUGUUUCUGAAGGCAACUCAAAUUAGCUCAAACUCAGCAUAGAAGGUAGAUGGAAAUGAGAACUGGAAAGUUUUGCACUUGUAGAAAUUUCAGUUUUGGAUUGGAUAUAGGAAAACUAAACAACUGUGUGUAGAAAGAUCAAUGUAGUAGCAUAUGUAUAUGAAGUUGAAGAAAAAGAACAUUAUUCUUGGUCCGGUGCAAUAAUUGUGUCAUCUAUGACUGGAUGCUUGUGCAGUUCCUCUUGAAUUUUA